CUCGCGGCAGUCCUCUCGUGCUGUACUGUAAUCAUAUGACAGGGAGUCGGUCAGCUCCCCUCUGCCGAAUACCGACACACCGGGCGGACACGAGCGACUGCGCCGAGGUGGAGGACACCAGUUGAUGGUAGCUCUGCAGCAGAAGGAGUGCAAGGCGGAGGCGGCCGAAGUGUCAAACAAGUGCCAAACUCCCCCCUUAACUUUUUCAAAACUCUGGAGAGAGCCGAGCCGAGGGGUUGGGGGGGAGAACCGUUGAAGAGGACAGGACUCACGAACCGAAGGACAGUUCGCUGUACCCGGAGCUGAGAGUUGAGUCUGAUCCGGUAGAGUGCGGGUCGUGGCUGGUGGAACCCCCCUUCCCUCCCCUGGGAUCGUCGCUUUUUAUUUAAAAGAAAAAUUGAUAGGAUUUCCCUGCUAGCUAGGUCACCCGAAUCAAAAACCAUGGUCGGGGAGACAGAGGUGAAGGAAAGACCCAAGUCCAACCCGGACUAUCUGAUGCAGCUGAUGAACGACCGGAAGGUGAUGAGCUCCCUGCCCAACUUCAGCGGCAUCUUCACGCAUCUGGAGCGGCUGCUGGAUGAAGAGAUCGGCAGGGUGCGCAAAGACAUGUACAACGACACGCUAAAUGGUGGCAUGUUCAACGGGCGGGACAUGGAGGAGCUCCCCGAGGCCAUCGGACCUGUUGCUCAGCUGCAGGAGAAACUCUACGUGCCUGUCAAAGAGUACCCCGAUUUCAAUUUUGUAGGAAGGAUCCUGGGUCCACGUGGCCUGACAGCCAAGCAGCUAGAGGCAGAGACCGGCUGCAAGAUUAUGGUGCGAGGAAAGGGCUCCAUGAGAGACAAGAAGAAGGAGGAGAUGAACCGAGGGAAGCCCAACUGGGAGCACCUUAGCGAGGACCUUCACGUCCUGAUCACUGUGGAGGACACGCACAACCGCGCCAAGAUCAAGCUCCAGCGAGCCAUCAACGAGGUCAAGAAACUUCUCGUGCCCGCUGCUGAGGGGGAGGACAACCUGAAGAAAAUGCAGCUGAUGGAGCUGGCCAUUCUCAAUGGGACCUACAGAGACGCCAAUGUCAAGACACCCACUGCCUUCCCGCUAGCGACCCCUCAGGCACCUCGAAUCAUCACAGGCCCAACACCCGUCCUGCCUCCCACCCUGCGAAAUCCUGCCCCGGUAACCACGCCCACCAUCAUGCCUCUGAUCCGUCAGAUCCAAAGCUCCGCCCUUGUGCCGGGAGCCAAUCCGCAUCCAGCACUGGUGCAGCAAGGACCUGAAUCUGGAAUCAUCUACACACCUUACGAGUAUCCCUACACACUCACGCCCUCCAUAUUGGAAUACCCGAUUGACUCAACUGGAGUAUUAGGUAUGGCAUUCCCAACCAAAGGCUAAGCGAUAGCAAUCCCUUCCUAGCACACACCUGGACUGGCUUGCAGAGACCCCCACCCUCACCCGCUCCCCCCUCACACACACACCCUUCACCACCAUUCACCCCACACAAACACAUAUAGUUAUCCCGCAGAGCAGACAGUCAGUUUGUUUCUACUUUAGGAUGAGAGAUUCCUGUUAAUUUCCCUAUGUUUGUAUUAGCAAUCUAGCAUUGUGGUGUGACAACUACUUACCUUUUUAUAAUAAUUCAGCUUCUGCUUGUAAUUUUUAACACAUUUUAGUGAACCUGUAGAUGUUUUAGAGCUACUGUUUGCGAUUUAACAUAUGGUAAAAGCUUGUUUUGAUCACAGAGCUAUAAAUGUGACUUUUGCUUAAAGCUGAUUUUGAAUCUACUAGCCAAGGUUAGUUGAAAACUAGCAGUUUGGAUUAAUAUUUUCUUUAGGGAGCAGAAGACCACAAAAACAACAAAAGAUUCUCUUUUAGAGGCAUUUUUUUUUUUCCACCCUUUUUCACCCUCAGACUCGAGAACUUGUAAAUUCCUGCUGUCACUGACGUUUGUGCCUUGGGUGGGACUGUCUGUUGUCUUUCUGAUGAGUAACCCUUCUGUGUUUUGUUCUUGGGGGAAAUAUCAAUGACUGUUAGCAGGUGCCAUGACCACUAAGGUACGACGCCACGACAAGAGAAUCCAUCCUUACCAAAGGGUAGUGACCACAGACAGAGGUUAGUUAGCACACCAGCCACUCUAUGUGUAUAUGUGUGUGUUAGUGUGUGUGCAUGCAGACCAAUGGACCAAUUCCAGUUUACAUGAGUCUUUAAUAUGGCAUGCCUUAAAAGAAAAAGAUGAAAUCGCAGCAGGCGUAAAGUGUGAAAGUGAAAUAUGUGAUGGGAUUGUGGAGGUGACAGCUGGUCGCCUGUUUGCCCAAACCGGACAGCUCGCAGGGCCGGGGCCCGCUCAUGUGACUCGGCCCCUGUGACUCCUUUGAGUCGUCUUUCUGAAAACGUUACAUUUCUCCUCCUAAGUACUACUUCUGAUCAAGUAAACACUGUGGAAACUUUUAUUUAUACUCAACUUCAUUCCACUAGAUUUCCACAGAUUUGUGUUGUUUUUAUAUAUAUAUAUAUAUAUAUAAUGAAUUAAAUCCUGUGUAAUUCCCAAUUCUUACAUGACGGUUAAAGUAAAAUAUGAGAAAACACAGCGUGUGAUAACUACUGAAGUCUGUGUUACGAGCUCUUUUGUAUUAAAUACUGUUGCUUGUGGUCUUAUCAGUCGCCCACUGGACUUUAUCAUUGGGACUGUUUACAUCUUUCAUUUAUUUCCUAGCCAGAGUGGUGCUGUUACCAUGUAUUUAGCUGCAAAAUAAAUUUGUAUAUAGGGAUUUUAAGGAUUUAAGUGCUUAUAUGAAGCUUACGGAACAAGAUCGCCUGGAAAUAUACCUGUAGUUUCUUUUAGUUUGUAAAUUUUUUUUUGUUUUGUUUUAUGAUAUGCUUUUUAUAGAUGAAGUGUCUCCAUGUAAACUGUAUUCAAAGUGUGUAGCUACUACUGUUUUAGUCACCGCGAAGGUGGCAAUGAAGGCAGUGUUUUUCUGUGUAUUUAAGAUGAGGUGACCUUCUUGAUUUCACAGGCCUCCAGAUUGUUAUAUGCAAUAGAAAUGGAGAAAUGGAUUAGCUAUUAGCUACGAUAUAUAUAUAUUUAUAUAUAUAUAUAUACAUAUAUAUAUGUGUGUGUGUGUGUGCGAGCAGUGGUGCUCCUAUUGUAUACAAUGGACAAAAAAACACUAAAAGGCAAUAAAGAUGGGUAUUGAAACAAAUCUCCAAAUCAAA